AUGCCGGCCGUCAAGAAGGAGCUGCCGGGCCGCGAGGACCUGGCGCUGGCGCUCGCCGCCUUCCGCCCGCCGCUGGCCGCGCUGCCGCUGCCGCCGCUGCCCGGCUACCUGGCGCCGCUGCCCGCCGCGGCCGCGCUGCCGCCCGCCGCCUCGCUGCCCGCCGCGGCCGCGGGCUACGGGGCGCUGCUGGCCCCGCCGCUGCGCGCGCCCCGCGCCGGCCUGAGCCUGCCGGGCGCGGCCGCCCCCGCGCGCCCGCCGGCCCCCGCGCGCCUCGCCGCGCCGGACUUCCAGCCGCUGCUGGACCGCGGCGAGCCGUGCAUCGAGGUGGAGUGCGGCGCCAACCGCGCGCUGCUCUACGUGCGCAAACUCUGCCAGGGCAGCAAGGGGCCGUCCAUCCGCCACCGCGGCGAGUGGCUCACGCCCAACGAGUUCCAGUUCGUCAGCGGCCGCGAGACCGCCAAGGACUGGAAGCGCAGCAUCCGCCACAAAGGGAAAAGCCUGAAGACGCUCGUGUCCAGGGGCAUCCUGCAGGUGCACCCGCCCAUCUGCGACUGUCCAGGCUGCCGGAUCUCCUCCCCGGUGAACCGGGGGCGGCUGGCAGACAAGAGGACAGUCGCUCUGCCCCCCACGCGGGUCCUCAAGAAGGAGCUGACCCCCAGCUUCUCUGCCAGCGAUGCCGACAGUGACGGGAGCAGCUCAGCCUGCGGGCGGCUGGGCCUGAAGAGGGAGGGCGACCCACACGUGCACGUCAUGAAGAGAAGAGUCCACACCCACUGGGAUGUGAACAUCUCCUUCCGAGAGACGUCCUGCAGCCAGGACCCCGACCUCCCCGCCCUCGUCUCCAGCGUGCACCGCAGCCGCCACCUCGUGAUGCCGGAGCGCCGGAGCCGCUGCGAGUUCCAGCAAGGAGGUGUAGAGCCCGGCCCGGGGGCCUCUGGUGAGCUGCUGGGCAAGAGGCUGGGCGGCCUGCCCCCCAUUAGCAGUGACUGCCCCGUGGAGAAGGCCCGAAGAAGUCAGUCCCCCCAAGAGGCUCUGCUGCUGUCGGAACUGGGGCCCGCCAUGGCCCCCGAGGACCACUACCGCAGGCUGGUGACGGCGCUGAGCGAGGCCAGCUCCUUCCAGGACCACCAGCGUCUCUACCACCUGGGCGUCCCAGGUCCUGAUCUCCUGAGGGUCCGGCAGGAGGCGGCGGCCGCGAGGGGCCCCGGCGGCCCGGAGCUGCACCUGCGCCCGCCGCCCGCCGCCGCGCCGCGCCGCAAGCCGGGCCUGGCCGAGCGCCGGGAGGGCGCGGGCCCCGCCGCCUUCCCCGACAGGGAGCUGUCGCGGCCGCCCCCGCUGCCGUCGCCUCAGAACGCCCCUCACAUCGCUCUGGGCCCCCACCUCAGACCCCCCUUUUUGGGGGUGUCUUCUGCGCUGUGCCAGGCCCCAGGUUACGGCUUCCUGCCCCCCACGCAGGCCGAGGCCCUAGCGCGGCAGCAGGAGCUCCUGCGGAAGCACAGCCUGGCCAGGCUGGAGAUGUCAGCGGAGCUGCUGCGCCAGGAGCUGGAGAGCGUCCCCCCGCCACAGCUACGCCCCGAGGCCGCACUGCGCCCCGAGAGCACCGAGGAGCUGCAGCGGCGGGGGGCCAUGCUGGUGCUGGGACACAGCUCCACGCCACUGCUGGCCCUGCCCCCCCAGGGCACACUGGGCCCCCCCACACUGCCCCGCAGAGUCCCUCAUAAAGGGGACCCCAGCCCAGCCUCAGCUCAACCAGGGGAGUCCGAGAAGACAGAGGCUGCGCUCUGGGCACAAGACAGCUCCGAGGACGAGUCCCCCAAAGACUCCGACGGAGAGGACCCCGGGGCAGCAGCAGCCGGGGGCCCGGGCCCCACGCCCGGCCAAGCCCCGACCGGAGGGGCCAGCUCCCAGGAGAAGGGGCUUCUCUCGGGGCCCACGCUGCCCCCUCCAUCGCCCCUGGGCCCGGGCUGCGCCGCCAGCGCCUGCUCACACACAGGAGCCAGCGGCGGAUUCCUUGUGGAUGGGGAGGCGGCCCUGGCCCCUGAGGACAUCAGCAAGUGGACGGUGGACAAUGUCUGCAGCUUUGUGGGGGGCCUGCCUGGCUGCGGAGAAUAUGUUCCGGUCUUCAGAGAACAGGGCAUCGACGGGGAGGCCCUGGCGCUGCUGACGGAGGAGCACCUCCUGACCACCCUGGGGCUCAAGCUGGGACCGGCGCUCAAGAUUCGCGCCCAGGUGGCCAGGCGCCUGGGCCGCAUCUUCUACAUGGCCAGCUUCCCGGUGGCCCUGCCACUGCGCCCACCGCAGGCCCCUGAGCGGGAACCCACCUCGGAGGGGCAGCCCCUGUCGCCUGCUGCCACCACCACCACCUCCCCCUCCCCCUGCGGGGGCGAGCAACCCGCGUCUGGCCUGGCCUCACCCAAGCCAGAGAACAGGCCCCCGGCUCUGCUGCUGAGGCCCGCGGAUACCUCCCAGACUCUGGGCUGAGCGGCGGGUGGGUGACGCAGGCCCAGCUUCCCCUCCGGGUUGUGAGGCGAGAUGCUGGGCAGGAAACCCACCAAGGGGAUGUGCACAUCCAGAGCCUUUCUGGGGCAAUGGCAGAGCCCGGUGCCCAGAGCCCAGGGCCAGCUGGCGGGGGCUCUGCAGACCAACCAAAGAUGGAGGUGCGUCGGCCCCUCCCCGGCGCUGCUGGGGGCCACUGAGCAUCCUGGGGGCAGCUGCCACCCGCUCCCCAGCGAGGAUCAGACAUCGGCACAGGGCGCGGCACUCCCGGUCUCUCGUGUUGUGAAAAUAAAGCCCUGUUCCCUCCGCCGCCCGCCCCGCUGUGCUGCGUCGGCCCUCGGGGCCUCAGUCCUCCUCCGAGAGCUCCAAGUCCUGCAGCUCGUCCUCAGGCCCCUGCGCCAGUCGCCACAGCUCCCCCGG